CAUGGAGGCAGAACAGACCAAAACAAGAAGUGAGUUGGUUCACAAGGAGACUGCAGCCAAAUACAACGCUGCCAUGGGAAGGAUGAAACAACUGGAGAAGAAGCUGAAAAGGGCCAUCAAUAAGUCAAAACCUUAUUUUGAACUCAAGGCAAAGUACUAUGUCCAGCUAGAGCAACUGAAGAAAACAGUGGAUGACCUGCAGGCAAAACUGGCCCUGGCAAAGGGAGAGUAUAAGACUGCCUUGAAAAACCUGGAGAUGAUCUCAGAUGAGAUUCACGAGAGGAGACGGUCCACUGCCAUGGGGCCCCGAGGAUGUGGUGUGGGUGCUGAAGGGAGCAAUACCUCUGUGGAAGACCUGUCAGCAAGUAAACCGGAGUCGGACACCGUCUCCAUGGCUUCAGAAGUGUUUGAGGAUGACAACGGCAGCAGCUUCGUAUCCGAAGAAGAUUCGGAAACUCAGUCGGUGUCCAGCUUCAGCUCUGGUCCUACAAGUCCCUGUGAGGUGCCCGCUCAGUUUCCUCCUGCGACGCGACCCGGAAGCCUGGAUCUGCCCAGCCCCGUAUCCCUCUCAGAGUUCGGGAUGAUCUUUCCUGUCCUUGGCCCCCGAAGCGAAUGCAGCGGGGCAUCCUCCCCCGAGUGUGAAGCUGAAAGAGGUACGCGCAGCUGGAUACGCCCUGGGCCAAUGUUUUUCAGCUUUAUAAAGGGAGCAGGAAAACCUUCUCAGCUCCCCUAG